AUGCGUCGUGAGAUAAUCCAGAUUCGGCCUAUAUUGGAAAAACUGGAUAAUCAUUCCACAACUGAAACUCAACGUUCUGUGAUGACUACGAUGGCUGCACUUUCAGGUCGGCAGCAUUUGGUUUAUCCAGUUUGGUUGCCUUAUGACUGGCAUGUCAGUCCUUUUCGAUUUUGGAUAACUUGGCUGUAUCAGUGCGUAGCCUAUUUCUUUCUCUGCUUUCAACAAGCAUCAAACGAUGUGAUCGGACCGAUUUACUUGAAUGUUUUGGACGCCCAUUUACGAAUUAUUAUGCAACGUGUGGAAGACAUUUCAAAUAAUUCCUGGAAAUCUGAUUCGGAUAUGCGCAAUGAGUUUGUUGGAAUUAUCGAGGAUCAUCGCCUGAUUAUGAAAGUUUUUGAUAUUCUCCAAGGAACUGUAUCGUAUACAAUAUUCCUUCAAUUUAUCGGGACUUCCCUCGUCAUUUGCAUGAUCAUCUUGGAAUACUUUGUAUACAAUUUGACAGCAACUGAGACGCUUACAGGAAUGCUCUUUCUUCUGGCCGAGAUUUUCCAGAUUGCUCCUUGUUGCUACUACUCCAAUCAAUUUAUGUCAUCAACCGAUUCUUUUGUUAAUUCCAUAUACUCGUUAAAUUGGACUGGCCAGUCGAUAAAAUUCAAGAAGCUCAUGAUCCUUUUCAUGAUUUUUACUCAGAGAAGUAAAGUAAUUAUUGCUGGGAAGGUUAUACCCGUGACAUUGGCGACUUUUGCAUCGAUAUUAAAGAUUUCAUAUUCAUUAUUUACGGUCGCCAGCAAUUUCAGCAAGAAGUAAGAGCUUUCCCUAUCCAGCAAAUGGACCCGGCUUGGAAAGUAAAAAUCACGAACUGGAGAAACCAUGU